AUGGCCAAACCUAAUGCCGCUGGCGAGACUGUCCAGCAUAUCCAGCAUGUCGAUUAUCAGAGCAAGAGACAAUUCAGGACGUAUAAUGUGAUGGUUAUCUUCGCCAUGGGCUUGGGCUCCAUUUCAAUGGGGUACAGUGCCAGUAUUAUCGGCACAACCUUGGCCCAACCCUCUUUCCUCGAAUAUUUCGACCUUGAGACCAGAUCCAACGGUACCAGUCUGAUCUCUAGCAUGAAUGGAUUGUUCCAGGCCGGUGCAUUCUUCGGAGCCCUUGCAAUCAGCUUCAUCGGUGACCGUUUCGGUCGGAAAGCGGCCAUCAUAUUACCAGCAAUCUUAAUCGUUAUCUCAGGCGCUAUGUUGGCUGGAUCAGUCCAUAUCGCCAUGUUCUUUGUCUUCCGCUUUCUCUCUGGAUUUGGCUCGUUCAUGCUCUUGGGCUCCAUCCCGCUAUGGAUGACCGAGAUAGUGCCUCCGAAGAACCGAGGGUCCUUGGUGGAUAUCCACAGUACUUGUCUCCUUCUCGGAUACGCUUUGGCUGCGUGGACUGGUGUUGGCUUCUCCCGAUACAAAACGAUCAGCGCGUGGCGCGGACCGCUCGCAAUCCAAUGUCUUCCGGCUGUGCUAGUCUUGAGCUGUAUGUAUUGGCUGCCAGAGUCACCACGAUAUCUGAUCCAAAAGGGGAAGCAUGAACAAGCAAGAAAGGUCUUGGUUAGGCUACAUGGAGAAGAGGAAGGUGCUAUUGAGUUCAACCAGAUCAACACUCGGGUCACUGCAGACGCCAUACUGCCGAACACUUGGAUUUCGCUGGUCAAGAAGUCCUCGUAUCGGAAGAGAACGCUGUUUGCGGUGGGAUUGGCUUGUGGAAUUCAAUUUACCGGAGUUCUGGUCAUCAACAACUAUAGCUCCAUUAUCUAUAAAAAUCUAGGAUGCACCAGUGGGACUAUUCUUUUUUAUUCGGCGGGUCUUAACACUCUUGCGUGGGGCUGUGGCAUUAUAGCCCUAUUCAUCAUUGACUUCUUCCCACGAAACAGGCUGGUUGGCGUGGGCGCUUUCCUUACCACGUCUUGUCUCACUGUGGAAGCCGCUUUAGUUGCUUGUCAUCCCGUAGGAGACAGUUCAAAUACGACUGCUCUCCAAGCUGCUGCUGCCAUGACUUUCUGCUACAUGGCAUUUGCUCAGCUCCUUCUUGAUGGUACUCAGUACGUCUACUACGCGGAAAUAUUCCCGAACCACUUACGCAGCAAGGGAAUGUCCAUCGGUAUCGGCGCUAUCUCGCUGAUGAAUGUUAUGUGGCUCCAGGCUGCACCAACUGCCUUUGCAAACAUUGGAUGGAAAUUCUACUUGUGCUUCAUUAUUCCAGCCUACGCUUUCGCUCUUUUCUGUUUCUUCUUCUACCCAGACACGCGAGGUCUGGCCUUGGAGGAGAUUGCUGCAUUGUUCGGUGACAAGAACGAGGUCGUUCUGGGGAAUAGUGACACAUUUGGUGAUGUGACGCCCAACAACAUGAAAGAGGCGCAGUACCUCAGCAGUACCGUCGAACAUCUUGAAGGUGUCUAG